AUGCCGACUCCUUCAAAUGCUAUAGAAAUCAAUGAUGGCUCACACAAAGCUGGUAGAAAUACGAGGCGAUCUGGAUCGAGAAGUACGCACGAUGACAGUCUGGAACCACUUUCGAAUGGCGAUUCAGGCGCUGGAGCCAGCGCCGGGAGCAGUAAUAGUCGAUUUAGACAUCGGAAAAUAUCUGUGAAGCAGCACCUGAAAAUAUUCCUGCCCAACGAUCUGAAGCAUUUGGAUAAAGAUGAACUGCAGCAGAGAGAAGUGGUUGAGAUCGAAACAGGUGUGGAGAAAAAUGAAGAAAAGGAGGUUCAUUUGCAUCGAAUAUUGCAGAUGGGUGGAGGACAUACAAAACAGAAAAACUACAUUCCGACCCCAGAUGCUUCUAUGACUUGGAAUGAAUAUGAUAAGUUCUAUACGGGAAAUUUUCAGGAGACUACCAGCUACAUCAAAUUCUCCGCCACUGUAGAGGAUUGUUGUGGUACCAACUACAAUAUGGAUGAAAGAGAUGAGAAGUUCUUAAAUGAGCAAGUUAACAAAAAAGAUUCUCCAGAUAUUUUAACUGAAGACGAAUUUGAAACUCUUUGUUCAAGUUUUGAACAUGCAAUUCACGAACGUCAACCUUUCUUAAGUAUGGAUCCUGAAAGUAUACUUUCUUUUGAGGAAUUGAAGCCCACAUUAAUGAAAUCAGAUAUGGCCGAUUCCAAUUUAAGAAAUCAAUUAAAUCAUGAAAUUAAUUCUCAUAAAAUCCAUUUCAUCACACAAUUUGAUCCUAUUUCUCAAAUGAAUACGAGACCUUUAAUUCAGCUGAUUGAGAAGUUCGGCUCUAAAGUUUACGAUUAUUGGAGAGAAAGAAAAAUCGAAGUUAACGGGUACGAAAUUUUCCCGCAGUUGAAAUUUGAAAGGCCGGGUGAGAAAGAAGAAAUAGAUCCAUACGUUUGCUUCAGAAGAAGAGAGGUGAGACAUCCGAGGAAAACAAGGCGUAUAGACAUCUUAAAUAGUCAGCGUUUACGGGCCCUACAUCAAGAGUUAAAGAACGCCAAGACCUUGGCACUACUUGUUGCUAAACGUGAGAAUGUUACUCUAAAUUGGAUUAAUGAUGAAUUGAAAAUAUUUGAUCAAAGGGUGCAACUCAAGAAUUUGAAGAGAUCACUUAAUAUUAGUGGAGAAGAUGAUGACUUGGUCAAUCACAAAAGGAAGCGUCCAGUGAUUAUCACAGUCGAGCAGAGAGAGGCUGAACUGAGGAAGGCUGAACUCAAAAGAGCAGCUGCCGCUGCAGCUGCUACAAAGGCUAAAAAUAAUAAAAGAAAUGGCCAACUUGAAGAAAAAUCUUCUAAGCUGACCAAGCAGCAGCAGCAGCAAUUACUACAACAGCAGCAGCAGCAGCAGCAACAGAACGCCCUUAAAUCUGAAAACGGUAAACAACUUAUCCCCGCCUCGUCUUCUUCAACGUCGCAGCCCAUUACAUCCCAUGUUUAUGUUAAACUACCAUCUUCAAAAAUUCCCGAUAUUGUAUUGGAUGAUGUAGAUGCUUUAUUAAAUAGCAAAGAGAAAAACGCGAGGAAGUUCGUCCAAGAAAAGAUGGAGAAACGUAAACUUGAGGACGCUGACGUCUUUUUCAAUUUGACGGAUGAUCCAUUCAACCCAGUAUUUGAUAUGUCGUUACCUAAAAAUUUCUCCACAAGCAAUAUUCCAUUUGCGUCUAUUGCUUCAUCAAAUUUCCAAAUAGAUAGAUCAUUUUACUCCGCACGUUUGCCAGAAUACAUGAAAGGUUUAUCAGAUGAUAUCAAAAUAUACGAUUCAAAUGGCCAUUCUAGAAGCAAGGAUAGCAACCAUUUGAAUACUAGAAGAAUUAAAAAAACCGAACUGUAUGACCCUUUCCAGGAAAAUCUGGAAAUUCAUUCGAGAGAAUACCCAAUAAAAUUCAGAAAGAGAAUUGGUAGAGCCAACAUUCAAUAUAUUGAUCGUAUGCCAAAUUAUACAACAUCGUCUGCCAAGCCUGCAUGUUCUUUAAUAAAUUUUGUUGACUUCGAUUCGGUGGAAAAAGAACAAUAUCCAAAAGAAGGAAGCAACAAAAAUGACUCGAUAAAUGUUUAUAAUUCCAAAUAUGACGAAUUUAUUAGACUUUACGAUAAGUGGAAGUAUGAUUCACCACACAAUGAAUACGGUAUUAAGUUCUCUGAUGAACCAGCAAGACUCAACCAAAUUUCAAAUGAUACUCAAGUAAUUAGAUUCGGCACUAUGUUAGGUACGAAAUCAUACGAACAGUUGAGAGAAGCUACCAUCAAGUACCGUAGAGACUACAUCACUAGAUUGAAACAGAAACAUAUACAACAUCUGCAGCAACAGCAACAGCAACAACAUCUGCAGCAACAGCAACAGCAACAACAACAACAACAACAACAACAACAACAGCAGAAACUGCAAAACAAUCAUUCAAGUUCCUCAAACUCCCUUACAAAAUUGAACGAUUCGUUGAUUAACUCGGAAACAAAACAUAGCUCUUCUUCAACCCAGCAAAACUCAUCUUGA